UGCCAGAUUGCAGUAUCGAUAGGAAGAGGUGUGGGGUGUGGUGUAUUAUCCACUUCACCGUCGUGCUAAAAUUUGAAGGUGUUGAAGAAGUGGGUCUCGAGUUCCGGCAGGAAUGGCUGUUUCUUUAUCGUCAACGGGUCUCCAAGUUCGCGGAAAUGAGAGAAAGCUCUCAUCUUUCCGGUCUUCGUUCAAUUUGUCUUCAAACCCAGGCAUCUCUCUGCAAUUCCUUCGCAGUCGCAAUAAUCAUGUUUCUCCUACUUCCUCACCCAGGCCUCUCACUGUCUUUGCCAUGGCUCCUCCCAAGCCUGCCGCCGGAAAAGCCAAGAAAGUUACUGGGGUGGUAAAGCUGGCUCUGGAGGCAGGGAAGGCGACGCCGGCUCCACCUGUUGGGCCGGCAUUGGGUUCUAAGGGUGUCAACAUUAUGGCUUUCUGUAAGGACUACAAUGCCAGGACUGCUGAUAAACCCGGUUAUAUCAUCCCUGUUGAAAUCACAGUCUAUGAUGAUAGAAGCUUCACUUUUGUCUUGAAAACGCCACCUGCUUCAGUUUUGUUACUUAAGGCAGCAGGAGCGGAGAAAGGAUCCAAGGACCCGCAGAUGGAGAAAGUGGGGAAGGUGACUGUUGAUCAGUUGCGGGCAAUUGCUCAAGAAAAGUUGCCAGACCUUAACUGUACAAGCAUCGAGUCAGCAAUGAGGAUUAUAGCCGGCACUGCAGCUAAUAUGGGCAUCGACGUUGACCCUCCCAUUCUUAAACCUAAAGUGAAAGUAGAAUUGUAAACCUUCUCUCUUUCGUUUUCCCUGUAAUUUUCCCCUGGCCUUCCCCACCACCAUUUGUAUUUAGAAGUAUUUGGAGAAGUAAGGCAUGUUGAGAAGAAGAGCUACCCAAAUCAUUCCCUUGGACCACCCCAUCUUUCUGAUUCUGUAUUAUUACUGUUCUUAUUUAAUUUGAUUGAUGGUUAGCAAUGAUCUGAUAAAUGUGAAAGGGAGAGAUUUGGCUA